CUGCCCCUCACCCCACUGACCAUGCCUCUCCCCCCAGUGCUUCCCACCGUGAUGGCCUCAGGUGUGACGGGCAGCGUCUCUGUGGCCCUGCACCCACUCGUGAUCCUCAACAUCUCUGACCACUGGAUCCGCAUGCGCUCACAGGAGGGACGCCCUGUGCAAGUGAUUGGGGCACUGAUCGGGCGGCAGGAGGGCCGGAACAUCGAGGUGAUGAAUUCCUUUGAGCUGCUGUCCCACGCGGCAGAGGAGAGCACCCUCAUCGACAAGGAGUAUUACUACACCAAGGAGGAGCAGUGUGAGUGUGCAGGAGAUGGGAGGCUGGCGGGGACCCAUCUUGACACUACUUGCUGCAGUUAUCACCUUCUGGAAUUUCUGGGCUGGUACACAACAGGCGGCCCCCCGGACCAGUCUGACAUCCACGUCCACAAACAGGUGUGUGAGAUCAUCGAGAGCCCCCUGUUUCUCAAGUUGAACCCCAUGACCAAGCACACAGAUCUGCCAGUCAGUGUGUUCGAGUCAGUGAUCGACAUCAUCAAUGGAGAGGCCACCAUGCUGUUUGCAGAGCUGCCCUACACGCUGGCCACGGAGGAGGCGGAGCGCAUCGGGGUUGACCAUGUGGCCCGAAUGACAGCAACCGGCAGUGGGGAGAAUUCCACAGUGGCCGAGCACCUCAUCGCCCAGCACAGCGCCAUCAAGAUGCUGCACAGUCGCGUCCGCCUCAUCCUGGAGUACGUCAAGGCCUCGGAAGCAGGUGAGGUGCCGUUCAACCACGAGAUCCUGCGCGAGGCCUGUGCCCUGUGCCACUGCCUGCCCGUGCUCAGCACCCACAAGUUCAAGACCGACUUCUAUGAUCAAUGCAACGACGUGGGGCUCAUGGCCUAUCUAGGCACCAUCACCAAGACCUGCAACACCAUGAACCAGUUUGUCAACAAAUUCAACAUCCUGUAUGACCGGCAGGGCAUCGGGCGCCGCAUGCGUGGGCUCUUCUUCUGAGCUGCCCAGGGCUGGGCACGGCCCCCUGCUCCCACUCUCCUGGCACCCCCCCCCUUCCCAGCCACCCCCCCCCAUACUAUCUCUCUCCCCUUCUCUGCCCAGCCCCCCUCACUC